AUGUCAAACCUAUUUAACAAAGUUUCAGAAAAGCUUCCAGGUCACCACAAGAAGGAAGAAGAUAGUAACCAAUCUUCUCAAAACCGCAGUAACCAACAAAGAAACCAAGGUUUCAACAGUAGUACUGCUGAUGACUCCCAAAUGUCAAGUGGUAUGAGAGGUAAUGACUUCACGACUUCUCAACAAGAUGAAGAUUACGGAAACACAGGAAGAAAGGGCAAUAUGUCACAACAAGACUGGAACACUAAUCAAGAUUCUCAGUUCGGUUCCAACCAACAAGGUACUGGUACUUAUGACUCUGGUGGUGCUCAAAGAACAUCGGCAAUGGGUAUGGGUGCAAACUUGAUGAAUGAUGAGGACAAUGACGACCAAUAUGGUGGCGACCGUCAACAAAGAACUACAAGAAGCUCCGGUAGACGUCAACAAAACAACGAUAACAUGGAUAACGAAGGUGAUUGGUAG